AUGUCUAACAUACCACCAACUCCGUACAACAAUAUUCCAGUAACAUCACAAAUGAAUCCUAAUAGUGCCCCCACGAUGUCUACGCAAAAUCAACAUUACGGCCACGUGCCACCAAGCCAGCUGCCUCCUGGAUAUUCAAGUCUGAAACAAGAUAGAAAUUCAAACAGUCCUGCACAUUUACCAAUGUCGACACCUCAAAGUGGCGUUCUUCAUAAUAUGAAUAACUAUAAUCAGAGUGCAAGCAAUUCUCCAGCUUUCAAUCAGUCAGUAGUGAUGCCUCAAACAUUAGGAUUGCAAUCAUCUCCUAUGAGGCCACCAGUAAAACCUGCUACCACUGGGCAAAACUUUAAUCCGUUACCAACAUUUCCAUCAAACGGUCCUGUGACAACUUCCAAUGCCAAUCUUAACUAUAGUCAGCAACAGAAACAAAUUAAUGAAAAUGCACCACCUCUUAUUCCUUCUAGUCAGUAUCAACCUCUUAUAAAUGGUCCUCCGGGCCCACCUCAGCCACUAAUGCCUCCAACAUCAAGUCAGUAUCCAGUGUCAUCUAGUGCUUUUAGUCAAUCUUCUAUUGGAGUGAGACCACCAAAUGCAAAUGCAACUUUUGCUGGAACUUUAAGUGGUCCUUUUCACCAAGUGUCACAAGCUCCUAUUAAUGUGAGUGCUGCAUCACAACCAGGACUGAUAACUAGCCAGCCUAAUAUACCCUUCUCUGGAGCAUCUAGAAAUAGUCCAAUGAUUCAUGGGCCAAUAACUAGUGGUCCUGUUUUUAAUGGACCACCAUUAGGACCUUCAAUACCUAGUGGACUUCCCCAAGAACUUUCAAGACCUAUUGGUAUCAAUGGUCCCAACAAUAAUUUGGUUGGGCCUCCACCAAUAUCUGGUCCUCAUUCUGUAUCAGGGCCUUCAUCGAUGUCUGGGCCUAACUCGGUAUCAGGACAUCCACCAAUGUCUGGACCUCCAACAAGUGGAAUAAUGCCUCCAAGAUCUGCAGUUCCAAAAAGUGGCCCACCUAUGAUUCCCCCUACUAGCAAUGCAUUAAUGCAGAACCAGACAUAUCCUGGCCCACCACGUAAUGGCUCUGGGCCUGGGCAAUCACUUCCUGUUGCUUCAAACAAUUUAGGGGGACCCCAAAGCCUACCUGUUGGAUUUCAAGGUCCUCCAAUAAACCAGCCAGGGAUCAUGACGGCACCUCAAGGGCCACCCAGUGGUCCUUUAAGUGGUCUACCAAAAAGUAACAUGCAGAAUAGAUAUCCACAAAUGCCUCAAGGAAACUUUGUGAAUAACCAACAACCAUUGACACAACAACCAAUGAUGAAUAAACAGUAUCCACAGCAACACAGUGCCCAAGCCCUGACUCAGCAAAUGGGCCAAUUGAGUGUCACUAAACAAGGCUUUGAUCAACUAUGGGGCCACCAAAUGGUAGACUUGAUGCAAUGUCGGCACAUACUGCCUGAGUAUCCUGAGGAUCCACCGGAAAUAAAAUUGGGUCAUCAGUUUGCUGACGCACCAAAUUGUAGCCCUGAGAUCUUCAGAUGUACUAUAAAUCGUAUACCGGAGACUAACAGUUUGCUGCAAAAGUCGAGGCUACCACUCGGAAUACUCAUACAUCCGUUUAAGGACUUAAAUCAUCUACCUGUAAUCCAGUGUACGACAAUAGUGCGGUGUCGGGCGUGCCGCACCUACAUAAAUCCGUUCGUGUAUUUCGUCGACUCAAAGCGAUGGAAAUGUAACCUCUGCUACAGGGUUAACGACCUACCCGAAGAGUUUCAAUACGACCCGGUGUCUAAGUCGUACGGUGAUCCGUCUCGCCGGCCGGAGAUAAAGUCGGCCACUAUAGAGUUCAUCGCCCCCGGCGAGUACAUGUUGCGGCCGCCUCAGCCCGCGGUCUAUCUGUUCCUGUUCGACGUGUCGCAGAUCGCACGCGAAUCUGGAUACUUGCAGGUGGUAUGCGAUACUUUGAAGAACUCGUUGGAUCAGUUGCCGGGCGAUGCGCGCACGCAGAUCGGGUUCAUCUGCUACGACGCGCACGUGCACUACUACCUGAUGAGCGACGGCCUCACCAGGCCCAAGGAAAUGACCGUUAUCGAUAUUGACGACGUGUUCCUCCCGUCCCCGGAGUCGCUGCUGGUGAACCUGGGCGAGAGGCGCGAGCUGGUGCGCGAGCUGCUGGGCGCGCUGCCCGUACGCUACGCCGCGCCGCCCGCGCCCGCCGCCUCCGCCUCGGCGCUGGGCGCAGCGCUGCAGGCCGCCUACAAGCUCAUGGCACCUACUGGUGGGAGAAUAACCGUCUUCCAAACUUGCUUACCUAACGUCGGACCUGGGGCUUUGCAGCCAAGGGAAGAUCCGAACGCUCGUUCAUCUAAGGACGUGGCCCACUUGAAUCCGGCGACAGAUUUCUACAAGCGUAUAGCGCUAGAGUGUAGCGGCGCGCAGGUCGCUGUCGAUCUGUUCCUGCUCAACUCACAGUACUGCGAUCUCGCCACGCUCAGUGGCAUGAGCAAGUUCAGUGCGGGCAGCGUGUAUCACAUACCGCUGUUCAAGGCGGCCAGGACGCAUCAAGCGGCGCAGUUACAGCGGAUGCUGAACAGAUAUCUCACCAGGAAGAUAGGCUUCGAGGCCGUUAUGAGGGUGCGGUGUACCAGGGGUAUAACAAUUCACACGUUCCACGGUAACUUCUUCGUCCGGUCGACGGACUUGCUGUCGUUACCUAACGUGUCGCCGGACGCAGGGUUCGGUAUGCAGCUAACCAUUGAGGAGUCUCUAUCUGAUCUGCAGCAGGUUUGCUUCCAGGCUGCGUUACUAUAUACGAGCAGUAAAGGCGAAAGGCGGAUCCGCGUGCACACACUAGCGUUGCCGAUAGCCAACACGCUCACAGACGUGUUACACGCCGCGGACCAACAGUGUAUAGUCGGGUUACUAGCCAAGAUGGCGGUGGACCGUUGCGUGUCCGCGUCCAUGUCGGAGGCGCGCGAGGCUCUCACUAACGUGGCGGUGGAUGUACUGUCGGCGCACAGACUUGCACAGAACUUACCUGCGGGCGCCAGUACUAGCUCGCUGCACGCGCCCUACGCACUCAGGCUACUGCCUUUGUAUCUACUCGCGCUGCUCAAGAGGAGGGCGUUCCGGACGGGCACGUCGACGCGUCUAGACGACCGCGUGGCGGAUAUGUGCGACAUGAAGACGUGGCCGCUGUGCCACCUGAUGCGCGCAGUGUACCCCGACCUUUACCCCAUACACGAGUUGCACCUGCACAUCAGGACAGAGGACGAGCCGUACCCUGAUCCGCCGCGGCUGCAACUAUCCGCCGAGAGGAUAAGUAGCAGCGGCGCGUACCUGCUGGACGAGGGCGACACGAUGCUGAUAUACAUAUGCGGCGGCGUGAGCGCGGCGUACCUGUCGGACACGUGGGGCGCGUGCGCGCACAGCCAGGUGGCGGACGAGGCGCGCGCGGUGCCGCGGCUGCCCACCGCCGGCAGCACCAUGCUGCACGCGCUGCUCGACCGGCUCAACGACGACCGCCCGCACGCCGCCAACGUGCUAGUCAUCAAAGACAACUCGCCGUUGCGCACCUUAUUCACGGAACGUCUCGUCGAAGACAGAGUAGAGUCUGCGUUCGCCUACUACGAGUUCUUACAGCACGUCAAGAGUCAAGUGAAAUGA